AUGGCGGUCGACAAUAUCGAUCCUGCUGGAGCGGAGGCCACACUACCUGUGCGACGGAAACAGCCAAAGCAACAACUGUCCAACGGCAUGGAACAUAUGCGGAAUUAUGUUACCGUCUCCGAAGCAACGCCACCGCCACCAUCGCAAAUCACAGCAGGCGAAGACGCAUAUGGCGUACCCGCGACAUACGAGCCCGUCCGCAAGCCUGCAACGACAGAUGCCACCGAAAACAACCCACACAAGCGUAGCGAUCCUUUCCAAUUCGGUACCCGCUAUCUAGAGGAAGGCGACGACAUCUUCGCUCACAACGCCUGGGACCAUGUAGAAGUGGAUCCUCAAUAUGCGGACUUUAUCGAGCAGCAGACUUCUUUCCAGCGAGAAAAUCAAGUCAACGACUUCGACAAGAAACGCUUCAACACCCAACCAGAGAAAUGGUGGGAUAAGUUCUACUCCAACAACCAAGCGAACUUCUUCAAGGACCGGAAAUGGUUGGUGCAAGAAUGUCCCGUUCUAGGCGAAGUUACAAGGGAGGAUUAUGGUGAUGUUACGGUGUUGGAGGUCGGCGCUGGCGCGGGGAAUACUGCUUUUCCGAUCCUGGCUAUGAAUCGAAACGAGGAGUUGAAGUUGCAUGCGUGUGAUUACAGUAAGAAGGCUAUCGAUGUCAUUCGGGCGCAGGAAGCGUAUCAGAUGCAGGAGCCAAAGGUGUUGCAGGCCGAUGUCUGGGACGUGGCAAGCGAUGAAUUGUCUCCUGGCUUGGUAGCCGGAAGUGUCGAUAUCGUCCUUCUCAUCUUCAUCUUCUCCGCCCUCUCACCGGACCAGUGGCAGCAGGCUGUGAGGAACGUCUUCACGUUACUGAAACCCGGAGGUGAAGUCUUCUUCCGGGACUACGGACGAGGAGAUCUGGCGCAGGUGAGGUUCAAGAAGGGGAGGUACUUGGAGGAGAACUUUUAUGUGCGUGGCGAUGGAACCAGAGUUUACUUCUUCGAGGAGCAGGAGCUGCGAGACAUCUGGACCGGCAAGCCACCGAGCGGUCCCAUCGACGCACAAGGCAACUGCGGAGAUGAUGCUUAUCGGUUGGCAUUCGAGAUCUUGGAUCUGGCAGUCGACCGGAGGAUGCUGGUCAAUCGGCAACGAAAGCUCAAGAUGUAUCGGUGCUGGAUGCAGGGGCUGUUUCGAAAGCCGGCUGAGCGUGGAAAGUCUCGAAAUCAAGUUUAA